UGUGAAGUCAGCUCAUAAUGCAUACCUUGGUUCUUCUGUUGUUGGUGGGUGUAGCUGCAGCCGGCCUUGCUCCGCUGUACAAAGUUGACGAGAACAUCAAAGGCAGCUACAUCAUCAAAUUCAAGGAUGACUUGGAUGUUGACAUCACUGCUGAUUGCCUACAGCGUCGUGUGCAAAGGCAGCGUUUGGGUCGAGCUAAUUUCUCCCGUCGCUACCACCAUGCCUUGAAGGGAGUGGCUGCAGAACUGUCGGAAGAAGCCCUGCAAUAUGUGCAAAGCCUGGAUGAGGUCGAGUAUGUGUCCGAGGAUGGUAUAGUGCACACCACUGAAAUACCCUGGGGACUAGACCGGAUUGGACAGAGAAACUUACCACUAGAUAACAGCUUCACUACUAACUCCGUUUACAAAGGCGGAAAAGGAGUUGAAAUCUGGGUCGUGGACACUGGUAUCCGAACUACGCACAAUGAAUUUGGAGGUAGAGCCUCGCUAUCGUUUGAUGCCAUUGGUGGUCCUAGCGAAGACUGCAACGGUCAUGGCACCCACUGUGCUGGUAUUGCAGCAGGUCAAACCUAUGGAGUAGCCAAACAAGCAACAAUCAAGGGGGCAAGGGUCCUGGCAUGUUCUGGCAGUGGUUCCGAAUCGAAUGUUAUUGGAGGAUUGGAUUAUGUCAUUGCCAAUGCCAACAAACCGGCCGUUGUGUCUAUGUCUAUUGGAGGAUCCAUUUCUCCAGCUAUAGAUGACGCAGUGAAGAGUGUGUAUCAGGAAGGAAUUCCAGUCGUUGUUGCUGCUGGAGACAGAAAUAUCAAUGCUUGCUGGUCUUCUCCAGGUCGCACCUUUGAGGCAAUCACUGUAGGAUCAAUACGUGAUUACGACUACAGGUCUACCUCUUCAAACCAUGGGCAGUGUGUUGACAUCUUUGCACCGGGCAGUUAUAUCAAAAGUGCUUGGUAUAGUUCUGACAGUGCGACAAAUACAAUAUCCGGGACCUCCAUGGCCUGUCCACAUGUUGCAGGAAUUGUUGCUCUCCACUUGGCUGAAAAUCCGAGUAUGUCACCUGCGGAUAUUGAGAGCAAACUCCAGACCUCAGCAACCAAGGACGUUCUUUCAGGCAUUAAACCCGACAGUCCCAAUCUUCUCGCAUACAUAGCACCUUAGAAAUCGGCCAUUAUAGGGUUGAAAGGUUUUGGAAACUCUUGACACUUCUGAAUUUCUUCUUGAACUUUCAUUAAUUUGGUUGACUGUACCUGGUACGUUUAGACAGAAUGAAAUAACAUUAUCGACAUAUUUCGACAUAUCGACAUAUUGAUAGAGCUUUAUAAAUCAUCACUGCUGGAUAAAUGGAUUUUUUAAAUGGCCAAAUAACUAAUAUUUAUUUAAAUACAGUUAUGUGAAGUAAGACUGCAAACAGUCUUACAUAUAGCUAAAAAGUGUGGCCUUCCCUAGGCCACAUAUUCAAAUCCUUAUGCAUUCUGGAAACUUGGUUUCUAAAAAAGGAAGGGACUACAAGGAUUGUGGUACAGAUGAAAAUGGGAAGGGGACAUUCAUGGCAUUUCAAAUUGCUCUCAGCUGUCAAAUCAUAAAAUGUCAAAAGUCAAUAUCAAAAUAAAGUUAGAUAGACUUUAGUUUAUAAUUUAUAACAUGUUUAAAGCCAGUGUUCAGCACUAAAUACUCGCAGUAGCAAAUUGUAUAAAUUCCCUCCAGCAAUCUGUCAUCUAUGCAGAUCCGGAGCAAACUAUAGAACUCGGCAACCAAAUAAUGUUGUUACAAACUUUGGAACAAGCAGUUCCAAUCUUCUUGCAUACAUAAAUCCCCUACAUUGGGAGUUAACAUGUUUCUGAACACUGGUUUGAUUUCUGUUAGAACUGUAAUUUAUUUUUGAUGCAAUAGGUACUUUCAAAUGAAAAGAAAAUUAUUAGCAGAUAGCUUCAA